AUGUCCACCAUAUACAUAUGCCAUGCCUAUGCCAUGCCUAUUUGCAAUGGACUAGCCAGGAAGCUGUUCAAAUUCAGCUGGCAGCAUGAUAGACGCCUUCUCGGUCCAAGAUUGUCUAUCCAGGCGUGUAUUGCUAGGAUUGCAGAAGCUCGAAUGAAGUCGUAUCAGAAAUAUCGAUUACAGCAAUUGCCUAACUUCGAAAAGAUAUCAAUUAAAUUCAAGAAUAAACUGGGCAAUACCGGAUUCUCCAAGAAUUUUCUAGCAAGUUCGGACAGCGAGUUGCAGCGAAUAACAACGAAGAUUAAUGGCCCAGAAGCAGUUGGCUGGCACCGAGAACAUCGUCCUAACGAAGGUCAAAGUACCGCCGGCCAAGGUCAAGUCCACCUCACCUCACCUCCUGAGUCCGGCCUGAACACGCCCCCAGCACUGGUGUGGAUCACUUGCAACACAGCUGGGAUGGACCGGCAAAGAAUAAAAACGACGGACUGUGCAACGAUCGUUCAGCGGAAGCCAUUCACACCACACCUCCUGGGGGGCUUUAAGCUCGCUGCCCAAUUGUCGGCCGCCGGGUCCACUAUCACGCCCUCAACCAUUCUCGUGGGCACGUUUCCAUGCAUCGGUAGCCCAGCAUCUGAGGGUUUAGGCGCUGUUUUGUCCUUUUCUCACCACCGCUGGCUCUCGCAGAAUCGCGCUCGCCAAGCGCAUUGUUUCUCACCAAGCCCAUCCCUUCCGUGGUCCCCGCUUUUGGCCUUCAUCGUGGCUGCGCUCGGAAUCCGCACUUUUCCCCAAACGCACCUCGACUACACAAGGGCUACAGCUGUACAAGCCCGUGACUAUACCUUUAACGGAUUCUACCAAAACCAGAGUCAGUUGCCCUCCCUCUCUUAUCUUCGACCGUCUGAGAGCCGGAGCAUUCAAGAGGGAGGGAAGGAUCGUCCAUGUUCCGCUCCACGCAAUCUAUCCCUCGGUGGAGUGCAGGAGCUUAUGUCGAAACGGCCACAUGCAUCAGAUUUUCUGUCCGGCAGCCCGUCUCGCCGCGUACGCAAAACUGUCGCGACAACCGAAUUAUCCCCCCGGAGCCGGAAUGAUGGGACUGUUGAACCCCUAGAGCCACAACAAACUAGGGACAGCGGCCCUGCUCCAUUGACGGGGAGGACGGGCUCCCCAGAUCCGACAUGGCGAACGGCGACAACCCGCUCCAUAGGGAUGCAUGCUAUUCUUAAUCCUUCUCACACCUUAGCUACGGGACCCUCCGCCCACCAGAUGAAUCGCGAUAUUCCAGAACCCACCCCAUCGACAUCCCCCUCCCCAUCGACCAACCCACACGCCACACCAACCUCAGCGGGAUUAACCCCCCAAUCAGACCGUUCAGUAUCACAACAUGACCGUACGAUGUAUUCCCCUCUACCACAACGUCAUAUCCUUACGGCAAGGUCGCCUGGAGUACAUGCUCCAAGCAUUGGGCCCAGCUAUGGCCCCGCCCGUGGAACUAUGACUGUGGAGCACAAUCCGUUUCUCCCUCCGCAACAACCAUAUGGAGAUACCGCCAUGCGACCAACAAUGGAAGCCCCGCCCUCAAUGCGAUAUUCUCUAUCUCAUCCAUCCGUUCCUUCGGCCACACUCCCUAUCGAUCCGCGCCCGAUAACUGGACGACAAGGAUCUGGGCCUCAAAUUACAGCUCCAGGUACAACCCACUCAGCGUACAGUCCGUUAAUCCAAGGUUCGCAUGUCCCAGCGUCAACCAAUUUGCUUCAACAGCCAGUUCCCUCUCUAUCUCAGCCUACAGGGGCCUCAUUUAUUGGAGACGAUAAUCGGAGUAGAACGCCACAGGACGGCGGAUCUAGUUAUACGUUUGUGGGCGGACAAAGCAAGUUUGCUUCACCCAGGGAUAUUCAGUCACGACUGAGCGUCCCGGUUGAUUUUGAUUCUGGGUCACGAAAGGCAGCUGAGAAACGACUGAAGAAUAGUGAUGCAUCCAAGCGGUUCAGGGAGAGGAAAAAAGUAAACGAGAAGGAAAUGAAACAGGAAGUGGAAAGACAAAAGGACGACAUUAAAUUCUUGACAGAAGAGAGAAACUUCUACCGCGCCGAGCGGGACUUUUUCAGAACACUUUACGACAGAGAGGUUGGUUUGCAUCGUAUACCACCGCGACCUACAUCUCCUCGGCUUCGCCAGUCAUCUGCCCCUGUUUCUGAAUCGGAAACUGAACAGCAGUUCCAUGACCGCCGUGAAGGACUAGGUAGUGAGGGACAUGUGCGCCAGCGGACGAGUUCUGCUCCAACCAGACUGCCUUUGCCCCCCAUGUCACCGGCUCAACCGAACCCAUACCCUACCUCUUGGAGCACUUCGACUUCAGCGACGCCCGUCUCUCAACCGGCGCGGUCCGGUCCACCCUAUAACUAUCCUACGUCAUGUGUUCCUCCCGAGACUUCCUUGCCUCCUAUACAAUCCCCCGGAGAACCGCAAGAUAGGAGCUGGAAUUCUGGCACUUAG